CACCGGCGCCGCCGACCCCGACACCAAACCCAGCAACCACCGCGGCCUCCAUCCAGGUCCGCCGCCGUCCACCGUCUGCCCACGACGUGGAGGUUUGGUGGCCUCUUGGAUGUCAUGGAGAGCUUUUGCCUUGACCAACUCACACCUGCUCAUUUAUUCUGAUUUCUGACCAGCCUUGACACGGUGAAUUUUUCAAAAAGGGGGUAGAUCUGAGCUGGUAAGUUUCUUGGGGAGGGGCAUAUAAGGAGUUGAGGCCUCCCUCUGAACGCAUCUUGUAGGCAGCUUCCCUCUGCAUACAAGAGGCUGCCCCUCCAUUUUCUCUUCUCCUGUGGGUCUUCUCCUCAAGAUCUUUCCAAGUUCUUGACAUCUGGUUGAGCACUAAGCAGAGAAGAUGGUGAAGAUCUGCUGCAUCGGAGCUGGCUACGUCGGCGGCCCGACCAUGGCCGUCAUUGCCCUCAAGUGCCCAGCGAUCGAGGUGGUGGUCGUCGACAUCUCCAAGCCCCGCAUCGAUGCCUGGAACAGCGACCAGCUCCCGAUCUACGAGCCCGGCCUCGACGACGUGGUGAGGGAGUGCAGGGGCAGGAACCUCUUCUUCAGCACCGACGUCGAGCGGCACGUCGCCGAGGCGGACAUCAUCUUCGUCUCCGUCAACACGCCGACCAAGACGCGCGGCCUCGGGGCGGGCAAGGCCGCCGACCUCACCUACUGGGAGAGCGCCGCACGCAUGAUCGCCGACGUGUCCAGGUCCGACAAGAUCGUCGUCGAGAAGUCCACCGUCCCCGUCAAGACGGCGGAGGCGAUCGAGAAGAUCCUGACGCACAACAGCAAGGGCGUCAGCUACCAGAUCCUCUCCAACCCGGAGUUCCUCGCGGAGGGCACCGCCAUCGAGGACCUCUUCAAGCCCGACCGGGUGCUCAUCGGCGGCCGGGAGACCCCCGAGGGGAGGAAGGCCGUCCAAGCUCUCAAGGAGGUGUACGCGCACUGGGUCCCCGAGGAGAGGAUCCUCACCACCAACCUGUGGUCGGCGGAGCUCUCGAAGCUCGCGGCGAACGCGUUCCUGGCGCAGAGGAUCUCCUCCGUGAACGCCAUCUCCGCGCUCUGCGAGGCCACCGGCGCCGACGUCUCCGAGGUGGCGUACGCCGUCGGGAAGGACACCAGGAUCGGGCCCAAGUUCCUGAACGCCAGCGUCGGCUUCGGCGGCUCCUGCUUCCAGAAGGACAUCCUCAACCUCGUCUACAUCUGCGAGUGCAAUGGCCUCCCCGAGGUGGCCAACUACUGGAAGCAGGUGAUCAGGAUCAACGACUACCAGAAGAGCCGGUUCGUGAACCGCGUCGUGUCCUCCAUGUUCAACACGGUGUCCGGCAAGAAGGUCGCCGUGCUCGGCUUCGCGUUCAAGAAGGACACCGGCGACACCAGGGAGACGCCGGCCAUCGACGUGUGCCACGGCCUGCUGGGCGACAGGGCGCGCGUCAGCAUCUACGACCCGCAGGUGACCGAGGAGCAGAUCCAGCGGGAUCUCGCCAUGGGCAAGUUCGACUGGGACCACCCGAUGCACCUGCAGCCGACCAGCCCCACGGCGGUCAAGCAGGUGAGCGUCGUCUGGGACGCGUACGAGGCCACCAAGGGCGCCCAUGGCGUCUGCAUCCUCACCGAGUGGGACGAGUUCAGGACCCUGGACUACCAGAGGAUCUUUGACAACAUGCAGAAGCCGGCGUUCGUGUUCGACGGGCGCAACGUGGUCGACCCCGAGAAGCUCAGGGAGAUCGGCUUCAUCGUCUACUCCAUUGGCAAGCCCCUCGAUGCAUGGCUCAAGGACAUGCCUGCUGUUGCGUAAUAGCUUCUUUUUUUGCACAUCUUCUUCACCUGAAGUUGCAGCAUUGAAGAGGAACCGGUUGGCCACUGUUUCUUAUAGUUCGUUCGUUCAUCUUUACAUACAGGAGAGGUUACCAUUUUGUCAGGCAUAAAGUUGGGUUCUUUUUCAUGUUUGCACCAUUGUAGAUCUGAAAUUCUCAGGCCUCUGCUGUUUUGAGCGCCAUCUUCAUCUUUUAUGACCUGAAUUCUUACAGCCGAUUCGAUUGUAUUUGUGGCUGCUACAUAUUAAUCAUGCAUUUUUUUUGCCAAGUAUCAGCAGGCUCGUUUUCGUUUGCUCUGGUUGCAUUGUUUUCGCCUGGCAGCAAAUGGCAGCACUGUCAACUGGCCUCCCUAGGAUUGAGA